AGGAAUUAAAAAUAACUUGUCAUAAAAUAUCAAAGAUAAAAUUUCUUCAUAUUAUAGAAGAAGUAACGUUACAAUAAGAAUUAUUGUUCUAUUUUUAUAUAAAUUAUGACGUGAAGAUAUCGAAGAAGAAUCCAUUAAGCAACUAGGAAGGUUAAAUAAUACAUAUUUCAUAUUAAUAUAUGAGACAAAAUUUGUUCGAGUAAAACGGACGGAAGGUCGGAGAUUGGGAUCUAUCUGACUGAUUGACUCCUUUAGAGGGAAAAGCGUGCAACAACCUGUGAUUGACAGGUAUCGAAAAAUAGAAGAAAAUCCUUUGGGACUUUCUUGGCAUGAUAGUGCAUGGAUUCCUGUAUUAAAUCCAAACAAUAUAAUGGAUUACUUUUCUGAAAGGAGUAAUCCAUUUUAUGACAGAACAUGUAAUAAUGAAAUUGUCAAAAUGCAGCGUUUAAGUCCCGAUCAGUUACAAAAUAUGACUGGCCUUGAAUAUAUUCUUUUACAUGUUCAAGCACCUAUUUUAUAUGUGAUCAGGAAGCAACACCGCCAUACUCCUACUUUAGCAGCACCACUUGCAGACUAUUAUAUCAUUGCAGGUGUUGUGUACCAAGCUCCUGAUUUGGCAUCGGUUGUGAGCUCCAGAUUGUUAUCUACAGUACAUCACUUACAAUCUGCUUUUGAAGAAGCUAGUUCAUGUUCAAGAUAUCAUCCUAGUAAGGGCUACUACUGGGAUUUCAAAAAUGGGAAAGCUAUGGCAGCAAAGAAAGAAACACCUGUUCGUGAAGAACCAAGUUCUUUAUUUCAGCGACAAAGGGUGGAUAUGUUACUUGCUGAACUUACGCGGAAAUUCCCAUUGCCUGUUCCAAAGCCAGUGCACCAAGCUAUAGAACCUUCAAUGGAAAUUAAACAAGAAGUGAAAACAGAAAAGAAGGACAUGAAACCACCACCAGAAAAGAAACCAAAAGUUAAUUAAUAAGGGUUUAUAAUGGUUUAAUGAGAAUAUAAGACCAAUAAUGUUCUAUGUAUAUAUUGUAUUGUAUCUCAAUUUUUAUUUUAUGAAAUAGGUAUUUAGCAUUAUUAAUUAUAUCUUUUUCAUUAAGUAAGAAGAGUGAUGAACUGGUGUACAUGCGAAUAUAUUUUGGCAAACUACUGAAUUUGUACGAAAUUAAAAAUAAAAAAUAGAAAAUAUUUGUCA